GCAGCAGCAGCAGCAGCAGCAGCAAUACCACCACCACCACCACCACAUGCAAGCAGCCAUGCUCCCAACCGACGCACGUUCCCACAGUAUCGCCCACUCACAGGCGAGGUAGCAAUGAACCCCAUGCGUGGAGACCCGGGGGUGCCUAAACGGGUUGUCGCCCACCCUCCCUCUUGCCCUUUCCCCAAAGCGCCAUCCCCCUGGUCUUCCGAGACCUACAUAAGAAGCGCGGCGAUGCCCACCUUUGAAACUUGGCGAUGUUCUGUUGUGAGUUAAGACGUGCGUGUGCGCAUUUUUCUCUUGCUUGCUGCUUUGCCUGGCACCCUUGAGAAAGGACCAAAGGACACGGGGAAAAAAAGAAACGCGCCUCGUUGCGCGCCAGCUUGCCCAUCAUGGCGAAGCUACCGAAGAUCUACAACACCUACUUCAUCGCGAGUAUCGCGACGUUGGGAGGCAUGCUGUUCGGCUUCGACAUCUCGUCCAUGUCGGCCAUCGUCGUCUCGGAGCACUACAUCAACUUCUUCGACAACCCCAGCGGCGUGAUCCAGGGCACCAUCGGCGGCGCGCUCUCGGCCGGGUCCGUCGUGGGCUCGGCCGCGGCCGGGUUCGUGUCGGACAAGAUCGGGCGGCGCGACGCCAUCAUGGUGGCGUGCAUCUUCUGGUUCAUCGGCACGGCCGUGCAGGUGGCGGCGACCAACUGGCAGACCCUGGUCGCGGGCCGCGUGCUCAACGGCUUCACCGUCGGCAUCACGUCCUCGCAGGUGCCCGUGUAUCUGGCCGAGAUCGCCAAGAAGGACAAGCGCGGCUCCCUCGUCAUCAUCCAGCAGCUCGCCAUCGAGUUCGGCAUCCUGAUCAUGUACUUCAUCUCGGUCGGCUGCAUCAACUCCAUCUCGGGGCCGGCCAUGUUCCGCACCGCCUGGGGCACCCAGUUCAUCCCCGCCCUCUUCCUCGUCCUCGGCCUCCCCUUCCUCCCGCGCUCGCCCCGCUGGCUCGCAAAGGUCGGCCGCAACGAGGAGGCGCUCUCGGUGCUGGCCAACAUCCACGCCGACGGCAACCAGGCCGACGUGCUGGUCGUGGCCGAGUACGAGGAGAUCCUGGUGACGCUGCAGGCCGAGCGCGAGUCGGCGCGCGGCUGGCGCAAGUUCAUCGCCAACGGCAUGUGGAAGCGCACCAUGGCCGGCAUGACGGUGCAGGCGUGGCAGCAGCUGGCCGGCGCCAACGUCAUCGUCUACUACCUCACCUACAUCGCCUACAUGGCCGGCCUGCGCGGCAACGUGGCCCUCAUCACGUCAGGCGUGCAGUACGCCGUCUUCAUCAUCUUCACGGGCGUCAUGUUCUUCUUCAUCGACCGCACCGGCCGCCGCACGCUCCUCAUCGUCGGCGCGCUCGGCAUGGGCUUCUGCCACUUCGUCGUCGCCGGCACCAUGGCCGGCAACCACAUCCUGCGACCCGAGGGCGUGGGCGACCCGCCCAACGCCAACGUCGUCUUCGAGGUCGUCGGCGGCAACCCGGCCAACACCGUCAUCGUCUUCUCCUUCCUCCUCAUCGUCGUCUACGCCCUCACCCUCGCCCCGGUCUGCUGGAUCUACGCCGCCGAGGUGUGGUCGCUCGGCACGCGCGCCCACGGCAUGGCCCUGGCCGCGCUGUCCAACUGGAUCUUCAACUUCGCCCUCAACAUGUUCACCCCGCCCGCCUUCCGCGACAUCAAGUGGCACACCUUUACCGUCUUUGGCUGCCUCUGCAUCGGCGCCGCCGCCUGGUUCUUUGUCUUUUACCCCGAGACGGGCGGCAAGACCCUCGAGGAGAUCGAGCUCAUGUUCUCGCCCGAGGGCCCGCGCCCCUGGAGGACCCGCAUGGGCGACUCGCGCCUCGACGCCGAGAUCGAGGCCGUCAAGACCCGCAAGGCCGAGGGCCCCAUCGAGGUCGAGCACACCGAGAAGACCGUCUAGGCAGUCUGUUGCGAAUCUGCUGCCUCUACUACUCUAAGAUACCAUCUUGUUUUAAUGGGAGUGUGUGGUGGACUAGUUGUCGUUUCUUUUGUCUCGUGCAUCUGUCAAAUAAGAUGGCCACCUGUUUGUGGAAUCCGUCUCGUUGUCGCAACUGCAAAAUAUACAGACAAAUCAACGCCGUCUCUCCAUUUGCUCAAGGAACAGUGACAGUGAGAGUCGUGCAUUAAAUAUCCAAGGCAGAGAAAUCACAUUAACCGGAUUGUGGUGGCGACAACCCCACAAGAAACACAAUCAUCAAUUAAUAAAAGAAAAUAUCAAAUCCUG